AUGGCUCUCACCGAGCUACUGGGAUCCCUCCCGUUGGUCUCCAGCGGGAUGUCCAAAUUCCAAGUGGCCGCCAUCUAUCUUGCCAUUGGCUUUGUCACUUGGUACAUCAUCUCAUCCUACACUGCCUGGUAUCGGCUCAAGGCCUUUCCCGGUCCUCCCACCACUGGCUUUUCCAACCUUUGGGCUGCUAGAGCCAUCUGGACCGGCAAAGCACACAAGAUCUUUCCCGCGACUCAAGAGAAAUAUGGCCCCAUCACUCGCAUUGGGCCCAACGCGCUCAUGGUCUGCGACGCCGCUACCGUUGUCCACAUCAACGGCGUCCGCGGCGGCUACGCUCGGCCAAAGGACUUUUACGACUGCAUACGGAUGGACCCCUGGGAUCACACGGUCCUCUCCGAGAGCGACUCAGCCAUGCACAACGAGCGCAAGACCAAGGUCUACGCAGGCUACCACGGCAAGGGCGAGAUGGAUAUGGAAAAGGAUGUCGACAUGGUUGUUGCUGAGGCUGUCGAGCUUGUUCGCGAGAAGUACAUGAACUCUGCAAGUGCCACUUCUGGACAUGAAUCCAAGCCCCCGCUGGACUAUACCCGUAUUGCUCGACACAUUGCCGUCGACUCGGUCACGCAGACUGGGUUUGGCAAGGCUUGGGGUGAUGUCCGCGAGGAAAAGGAUCACUUUGGGUGGCUGGGCUUUGCGGAUAUGAUAGUGGGGUAUCUGCAUAGUUUGGCCUACGUCCCUGCCAUUAGCAAGAUUGUGGUGUCAAAGCCUUUGAUGGUCCUUCUCGGUCCGAAGCCAACGGAUAAGACGGGUAUGGGUGCUUUUCUCGGUCUCAUCGAGCGAGAGGUAGCCAGACGCUACAAGGACGGCAGCGCAAAGGGCACGCCCCUCAAAGCCGACACCGGCCGCUCCAGCAUGCUUGACGAAUGGGUCAAAAACGGCAUCUCCCAACGGACCGCCGUCCUCGAAGUCUCUGCUCAACUCCCCGCCGGCACCGACACCACCGCCUCCGCCCUCCAAGGCACCAUGCUCUACCUCCUCUCCACUCCCCGCGCCUACGUCCGCCUCAAAUCCGAAAUCUCCACCGCCCUCAACAGCGGCCUCAUCUCCUCUUCUUCCAUCAUCACCGACCAAGAAGCCCGCAAGCUUCCCUACCUCCAAGCCGUCCUGCACGAAGCCAUCCGCUUGAUGCCCCCCCUCAUGAACGGCUUUCCGCGCCAGGUGCCGCCAGAAGGAGACACCAUUUGCGGUAAGUUCGUGCCGGGUGGUACGGACAUUUUCAUCAAUUACGUGGGGAUGUUAAGGGACAAGAGCGUGUUUGGUGAGGAUGCGGAUAUCUUUAGGCCGGAGAGGUAUUUGGAGGGUCAUGGAUCAGAUGACGAGGAAAGGAGGAAUCGCAUGUUGAAGACGACGGAUUUGGCGUUUUCGCAUGGGCGGUGGCGGUGUUUGGGGCAGAGGCUGGCGUGGGUGCAGUUGCAGAAGGUUGUUGUUGAGUUUAUGAGGAACUUUGAUCUGCAGAUUGUGGAUCCGAUGCAUCCUUGUCAUUUGAGGGGCUAUUGUACGCCCGAGAUGGAUGAUUUGCUGGUGAGGGUUACUGAGGCAAAGUUGGAUUAGGUAGUUUGUUCAGGAAAUUUGAGACAAGAAAAGACGGAUGUGGGAAGGAAUUUGGACCCGAUGGCUUGUAGGUUGAUAAUCUCUGGGCAUUAACAAGCUAUUUCGGUCCAGGCUGUCCUGUUGCCAGGUAGUAAUAAUGGGUUACUCCUUUUGGCGUUGCUUCUUGUCGUCACGAAC